AAUAGUCAAUUGUCAAUCGAAAUCCGUGAUUGAUCGUCGAGCGCGUUGAUAUUUUUGCUAGAGAUUUCGAUUUUUUCAUUCGAGUUACAUCGCGAACACAAGGUCUAAAACUAUAAACUCUACUAAAGGAUAGAUUCUCUAAUCUAAAGCGAAGACUUAUACUCUUUCUCCGACACUUGUUUUAGUUGAUCAAGUAAAAAUGUCUCUUUACGGAUCUUUGAUGGCCGACGUGGAGGACGAUCCAUUCUUUGGAUCUCACAUGCGGCACAUCCGUCAAAUGAACAACAUGAUGAACUCAAUGUUUUCGGAUCCAUUUGGCAUGCUUGGUGAUAGUCGCCUCUCCAUCAUGGGACCUCCACAUGGCAGCUCUCUUAUGCCUUUUAUGCCCCAAAUGCCUUCACUUAACAGAUUAUUCUCAGCAGAUCUGACUAACGCUGCCAUGGGAGCCGGCAGUUCAUUUAGCAGCAGCACUGUUGUCAUGUCAAGUGGACCUCAUGGUAAACCACAGGUAUACAGUUCCUCUAGCAGCACUAAGAUUGGACCAAAUGGAGUAAAGGAAACACGCAAGACGCUUCAGGACUCACGUACUGGUGUGAAAAAGAUGUCUAUUGGCCACCACAUCGGGGAACGAGCUCACGUGGUCGAGAGGGAACAGAACUAUUACUCGGGAGAUGCUGAAGAGAGACAGGAGUACAUUAACCUCGAGGAGGAUGAAGCCGAACAGUUUGACAGGGAGUUCCAAGAGCGAGCCGGCAUGUUGUCCCGCUCUCGCGCGGCCAUUGCCCCCGCGCCAAGGCAUGAGCCAAGACACGAGCCAAGACUGGCCUUGCCGGCGCCGCCUGCUGCCUCACCCACCGCCGAGACCCGUCGUCACCGUCCUUCAGCGAGAAGACCAAUAAGAACUUCCGCCAGCCCACUCACUCUACCUUCAAGAUACUGGCGGAGGCGUUCCUACUUAUCCUAAUCUGUCCGCGAGGUCUACGGUGGCUCCCAUCCGCAGAGACACAGACACAAACACCACAAAACCCACUCACACAGACACACAACUGACAAUUAAACAACAACUAUGGCCUUGACACUUGACUUAACGCUUUGACAAUUGACAUAAGCGAAAAUACCGUACUUUUGUCAUUAAUAUUAAAACCUUCAUUUGACAUUUAUUUUUAACCUUUUCCGUCUUUUACCGUACCCACCUGAAAGUGCAGCUGUCAUUUUAUUUGACACAAGGAAAUUCCUUAUGUCACAACAAUAUCUGACCAAUGUUUGAAAGUCUUGAGUGGACGUUAUUCAUGUAUCAAAGAAAGAUUCGACAUUUCUUGAGUCUUACAAAAUAUUUUAGAGAAAAUAUUUUUUAGAAUUGUUUGAUAAUAUCAUUCAUAGACGACAUGUCGUAAGUGUUCAAGGCCAUUGAUAAGGAUAUCAAUUUAAAAUUGUCUGACUACAAAGAGCCAAGUGUUAACUAGCUGAUAACCGCGACUUUGUGUGUUUAAAAAAAUACUCACGAUUAUGUUCCACGUUUACUAUCACGAUAGUUAUAGUACAAACAUAAAUUUCGUCAUUUUAAACCAUUCGAAAAAUAUUAUAAAAAGAUUUUUCAUUAUUUAUUUGUAAGCAUACAAAUCGCGAGUUUCCAGUAGAAAAUAUUGACAUAAGUAUUUUAAUUUCCUUCAAUACACAAUUUUAAUAAUUUAAGUUUCAAUGUACCUUCUUGUGUUUUAAUAUAGAUAUGCUAGGUUCGAAUAAGCGGAAAUAAAUUUGUAGUUGAAUUGAGUCUCAUAGGUGAACUGAAAAAUAUACAAUGUAUUUAAUAUAUACAAUAUACACGGCAUAUGUGGUUAAAGUCCCUGGGUUCUAUUCCCGGUGGGCACAGAAAUCUGAUCGCCUACUUGCUUUAAAUGUAUUUAUAAAUAAACCGUGCAGAAGUGUGGGCUUUAUGUUCUUUUGGUUAAGGGAGUAAAAUUCAAAAUUAAUAUCUAUAAAAAAUAAUUGUAUCGAAAAUGUCAACUCUAAACACAGAUACUAGACGUGCAUUGUCUGUGAAGGUUUAUUAUCUGUGGAAGGAAGAUAAGUUGCCUUGUGUCAAAAUUAUUCAGUUCACGUGUUAACGUAAGCAUAGAAAUAGUUUAGCGUAGUGUUAGCUUUUAUAAUAAACGGCACAAAACGGGUGCUGGACGCUUAUUUUGUUUUAGCCCAAUACAAAUAUAAGAGUGACUUAAUAUCGAAAUUCGUAAUGAAAUCAUUGAACGAAUAUGUAAUAAUGAUAGGUUAAUCGUUCUACGGGUCGAGUGUUAGAGUCCGCGCCACCAUUGAAUUCCGAUAGACGCGGCGCUAGCGCGGCGUAGUAUAAUGUUGCUAGUGCUAGGCACAAUUUACCCCAAUGUAACAUAAAUUAAUAUGGAAUUCGCGAACUACUCCAAGAUUUGCUUCUAAUGUUUUACCUUAAAACGAAUAAAUUAAUAUUUCACAGUCUCUUAACUAUAGUUAAAAGGCAACGUCUGUCCGAAAAUAUCGGUGACAAUGAUUAGGUGUCAAAUUUUACAAGCCCAUAUUUUCAGAUAUUUUUCUUUAAAGUUCCCUAAGGCAUAGAUAAUAACGGAGCUGUCAUAUUUAGUUCCAGGGUUCCCAUCGGCGAUGAGUGGUGGCGCGGACUAUAAAUGACAUAUGACACGUUCUUGUGUCUGUCAUGCGGUUGUGAUUUGACAGACGUUAUAUGACGUAUGUCAAGGCGUUGGACUUGAGAUGCGGUACAGAGCGCGCGGUGUUCGUUUUUGUUUAAUGUCUAUUUCUGUUACUAUUAAUCGUGGAUGUAUUUGUUACUAUGGUUACCAUUUCGUACAAGGAAAGAAUUGUAAGCAUAUUAUACACAAUUUAGUCCACGAUUUAUUUGGGCGCGUAGCUUUUACUCAUACAUCUCUUUUCAUCGUUGGGUAUAACAUAAUUUGACAGAGAGAGAGAGAGAGAGAGAUGCCGUGAUACCUUAUUUAUUAUUAAUCUAAAAUUUUCUAUUUUAGAUUCUAUGUUUUGAUAAUAAGAUUUGUCGAUUGAGUAGCUUCUUAUAUUUGAGUGGUAUUCGGGCAUUAACGUUAUUUUUCCGGAAUGUCGCAAAGCUAGGGACAGAUGAAAAUAGUUUUUCUGUAUUUUCCAUUUGUAAUUUGAUGUUAGUGUAUACCUGUCAUAUUAGAAAUAAAUUUGUGAACAUUA